GGGAUCGCCAGGUCGCAUCCUAAUCCUCCGCUCCGCAGCCCAGACCGGACAGCGAGCUCACCUCCCAACCCACACUCACCCUCUCCCUCUCCCCAUUCACGUCUGGGAAUCUCUACCUGCUCUCGAACGGGAAUUACCUCCGGCAAUGGCAAUGUGUCUGAUACGGUUCAGAAUGUGGACUCGUGCGGAAGUGAACAGAGGGAGGUAGAGUGCCACCAUCUUGGGCAUUAGUGAAAAAUCCGGACCCAGGAACUCGGGGAAGUGAGCCCGAAAGCGAGACGUUGGGGAACAUCUCGGUGCAGUUUUCUCCGUUGCCCAGAAGGUGAAUCCAUAGCCGCGCGCAGAACGCAGACACCUCAUUGCCGCAGAGGGUCCAAACCCGUACGGCCGGCAGCGGCUUCCGGAACGGUCUCCGAACCUCUAAAAUGGCCGACCCGUACCAGAACAACGUGUACCAGCAUAGCGGGGGGGACAACACCUACUCCACCUUCGGAGAGGGCGGUGGGCGGGACGGAUACGGGUACGGGGGGGACUACCCGGCGCAGGACGAGGACGCGGCCAGCGACGCCACCGAGGGCCAUGAUGAGGAGGACGAAAUGUACGAGGGCGAGUACCAGGGCAUCCCGCACCCCGAGGAGGUGAAGGCCGCCCAGCGGGCCGCCCGCACCGCCCAGACGGAGAAGGCCCGGGCCGCGGGGGCCGGGGAGGACGCCCAGGAGCUGGCCGACCAGUACGAGGCCAUCAUGGAGGACUGCGGCCACGGGCGCUUCCAGUGGACCCUGUUCGUGGUGACCGGCCUGGCGCUCAUGGCCGACGGGGUGGAGUGCUUCGUGGUGGGCUUCGUCCUGCCCAGCGCCGAGAAGGACAUGUGCCUGUCCAACGCCAACAAGGGCAUGCUGGGGUUAAUAGUGUACCUGGGGAUGAUGGUGGGGGCGUUUGUUUGGGGCGGUCUAGCAGACACCCUGGGCCGCAGGAAGUGUCUGAUCAUCGCGCUGGCCAUCAACUGCAUCUUCGGCUUCCUCUCGUCCUUCGCCCAGGGUUACGGCUUCUUCCUUUUCUUCAGGCUUUUCUCGGGCAUCGGCAUCGGGGGCUCUGUGCCCAUUGUGUACUCGUAUUUCUCCGAGUUCCUCUCCAUGGAGAAGAGGGGUGAGCACCUGUGCUGGCUCUGCAUGUUCUGGAUGAUGGGCGGGCUCUACGCCUCUUUCACCGCCUGGGGCAUCAUCCCUCACUACGGAUGGGGCUUCAGCAUGGGCACGGAGUUCCAGUUCCACAGUUGGCGCGUGUUCGUGCUGGUGUGCGCCCUGCCCGCCAUCGCCGCCCUGAUCGGGCUCACGUUCAUGCCCGAGAGCCCCCGGUUUCUACUGGAGAAUGCCAAACACGAUGAGGCCUGGAUGAUCCUGAAACAGGUUCAUGACACCAACUGGAGAGCAAAGGGGGAGCCAGAGAGAGUGUUUACAGUCUCCCAAAUCAAGACGCCCAAGCAACAGGAUGAAUUUAUCGAGAUCCAAAGCUCCACAGGAACAGCCUUCCAGCGAUGGAUGGUCAGGUCUCUGACUUUAUCCAAGCAGGUGAUAAAGAAUAUAAUUUCUCUUGGAUCCCCGGAACUGAGACUCAGCAGUUUAUUCAUGGCCAUCAUAUGGUUUACCAUGGCCUUCAGCUACUAUGGACUCUCUGUGUGGUUCCCGGACAUGAUCAAGUACCUGCAAUACGAGGAGUACGAGGCCAAGGUGAAGCUCUUCCACCACGAGAAGGUGGAGCACUUCACCUUCAACUUCUCUCUGGAGAACCAGAUCCACAGAGAGGGAGAGUACAUCAACGACAAGUUCACCAACAUAGAGAUGAAAUCUGUGAAAUUUGAGGAUUCUCUGUUUGAAGAUUGUUACUUUGAGGACAUCAAGUCUACCGAAACGUUCUUUGAGAACUGCACCAUCAGAACCACAGUCUUCUACAACACAGACUUGUCGGAGGAUAGGUUCAUUGACUGUAGGCUGGAGAACACCUCAUUCCUGCAGCCCAAGAAAGGCUGUCACCUGGACUACCAAUCGGAGAACGAUGUCCUCAUCUACCUGGUCAGCUUCUUGGGCAGCUUGGCCGUGUUGCCCGGCAACAUCAUAUCGGCCCUCUUUAUGGACAAGAUCGGGAGGGUCAAAAUGAUUGGCGGCUCCAUGCUCAUCUCUGCUGGCUGCACCUUCUUCCUGUUCCUCAGUUUUAGCCAGGCUGCCAUCAUCGCCUGGCAGUGCCUGUUCUGCGGGGUCAGUGUAGCCGCCUGGAACGGCAUCGAGGUCAUCACCGUGGAGCUGUACCCCUCGUCCAAAAGAACCACGGCAUUCGGAAUGCUGAAUGCCCUGUGCAAGCUGGCGGCCAUCUUGGGCAGCUCAAUCUUCGCCUCAUUCGUGGGCAUCACCAAGGUCGUCCCCAUCCUGCUUUCCUUCGCCGCACUGGUGGGCGGGGGCCUGCUCGCCCUCAGGCUGCCCGACACUAGAGAGAAGCUCCUCCUCUGAGAGGCAGAGCAAGUCAAAGGUCAAGGCUGGGCGCAGGUCAAAGGUGUCACUGCCCGGGCAAAAAGACUGAAAUGCACAAGAGGAGCGGUAUCAAAUCAGCCUCACAAUCAUCACCACACAAGCUUUAUUAUUUUUCUCUGCUUCUCACUUAAGUCGUAAGUUCACUUUAGUCACUCCCACCUCUUCUUGCUGUAGAAAAGUCACUAUAAGACCUCAUAAUGGUGUUUUCUCUCUGAACCCCUCAGCAACCACCACAUUUGUUCACAUUUAUAAGUUUGUCAAAAUUGAAAGUUAGCGAUUUAAAACAGAUACAUUCCGAUUCAAUGGUCCAGCCAGGGCAGAAGUACUGUUUUUUUUAUUUUGCGUGUAAAGUCAUAAGCAGGUUGAAUUUGUCUCUCACAAAGCCAUUAGGGAUAUGAAUUGGGUCUCGGAAAAAAUGAGACUCCUUUUUAACCUACAAGCCAUGGUUGUCCACCACUGGGCUAGGACUCGAGCCAUAUUGCUGAAGCCAGUUAGUCUUCUUUGUGCUUCCCGUCUGUACACCCCUAACAGCAUGGUGACGCUUUUGUUAUGUGUUCAUCGAGCUCGUUUUAGACUUUUUUCUAUGGAAGACAGCGAUUGCGUGACUUGCUGUGGAGAGAACGGCUGUGUCUGUGGGCGCUUUGAAUAUUUGCUGUGUGCUUGUUGUUGGUUGCCACAGCUUUCUUUUUUCGUCGGGCGUGGAGCUACGCUUCUACGUCGUUCUCCCCUUUAACACACCUGUGUCGUGUCGUGUAGCCUGCAACUUAAUGUGGUGGUAGGAACUUCACCCUGGCAACGUCGUUCUUACUUCUCUCGCUUUUGUGGUGAUGCAGUCCUGUCACCCGUGUGUCAGUUAACUCACAGACAAUGCAUAACAUAACGAAAGAGAGAAAUCAAGCGGAAUUUACUGUUCCUGACAACCUUUAAUUGCUUCUGCAACGAGUUACUAAUAUUUCAGAGAAUCGCAGCAGAGUUUUUAACAAAAGACCGCUGGUGGAGAUGCAUGUGUGUUAUAACUAAACAGUCUUUAUGUCCUUUUAAAUGUAUGUUAUUGAAAAAAAGAAAGGAAAACAUAGUCUGAAUGAUAUUUAAUGUUCACCUCACUGUAAAUAAACACGUCAGUUACAGUUUUAAUUCUGAUUUAAAGCAUUUUUUUCCCAAACAUCCUGCCACUCUCCUCUAUCACAGUAUCCAACACAUACUGUAUAAUGUUAGUUAAUCAUAUCAUAUGAACUAUCCAACAGGUACUAUUAGCGAAAAGGUUGUAUCAAUAUCAUGACGCUUGGUAUUGGAAUACAAUUGACGCAUCCUAAAAGAAUAUAGGUUGUAGAAAUCCUGAUUUUCAAACUAAUUUUCGAAGGUAAGUCUUCAGAAGUUUCAUUUUGACUAGGACUCUUUACUCGUAGCAUACAGUAGACAAUCAUAUUACCAGAAAUGCAAAAGGUUUUAACACAUGUUGAUAAAGCUACUGUGCUCCUCUCCACGCAAACUAUAGAGCCAGAUGUAGGGGAAGCUGCCAAUAUUUAGCCUCAUCUGACGUACUGAGAACAGAGCUGCCCAAGAUGGCCGCCAGAACAAAAACCAGGUUCUCUCAAGCAUCUGUUUCAACACAGCAACCAGGAACUGGUUUAUGAACACAGGUUUUACAUGUACUGUUCAGAGUUUUAUUUAUGUUUAAUUUGUCGUGUACGAAAAGCCAUAAUGUUGUUCUUUGUUUUGCGUUUUUAAAAAUAUAUUUUCAUUUAAAAUGAAAAUGUGUCUGACUGUCAUGGGCCUGGAUACAUGGUCUGAAAGUGUCAUAAAAUGUAAUGUUUUAUUUUUAUUUUUUUGGUUUGUUCUGUGAUGGUAAAAAUAAAAACUUCAAUAAAUAAAGUCAAUAAAAAAAUAAAAUAAAUGUGAAGUCU